AUGACCAAGUCAUAUGAUAAGGAGAUUGAGGAAGUGCUCGGCCGACAACUGAAGCGACGUGCCUACACUUACGUUUCUGAGCUAUGGAAGAAGAAGCAAUCCGAUGUGAUGCGGUUUUUGCUUAGGGUUCGCUGUUGGGAGUACCGUCAGCUUCCCGCUGUUGUACGUGUCACCCACCCCACUCGCCCCGACAAGGCCCGCCGCCUCGGCUACAAGGCCAAGCAGGAAAACCGAGAAACAAUGCAAGAACAAAAUAAAGUUAAAGAUGAAAAAGUUGAUCGAUUAGAAGAGCAAUUGCAAGAAAGCCGAGGUAUUUUGAACACCUUGCUCGAGCGUUUUAAUAGUGGAGUAUGA